GGUGGAUCGCUCCGCUGAGUCUGUUCAUCGAAGCCGCCGCCACCUCCGCCGCCGCCCCCUGUCCCGGCCCCCCCCCUGGGUUUCCUCAGCCCAGCUCGGUCCAGCCCGGUUCUCGGGAGAAUGAAGUUCGUGUACAAAGAGGAGCAUCCGUUCGAGAAGCGCCGCUCUGAGGGCGAGAAAAUCCGAAAGAAAUACCCAGACCGGGUCCCGGUGAUAGUGGAAAAAGCCCCCAAAGCUCGGAUAGGAGAUUUGGACAAAAAGAAAUACCUGGUGCCUUCUGAUCUUACAGUUGGUCAGUUCUACUUCUUGAUCCGGAAGCGAAUUCAUCUCCGUGCUGAGGAUGCCUUGUUUUUCUUUGUCAACAACGUCAUCCCACCCACCAGUGCCACGAUGGGUCAGCUGUACCAGGAACACCACGAAGAAGACUUCUUUCUAUACAUUGCCUACAGUGAUGAAAGCGUCUACGGUCUGUGAAGCUGCCGUCCCUGAGGUGGGGGUUCCAUUCUACAGAGAGAGGUGGCGCUCCUUCCUUGACAUCCACUUCCUCCUUCAGGCGAAAACACCAUCUCCCUUCUUCAGGACCUGCACUUACAUGUUUGAGACUGUUUCUCCAGUCCCUCUCAGCCAGAGGGGUAAUGGUGGACACAGUCUCUGUACAUCUCCUCUCUCCCCCCUUUUGUCUGCCCUCCAUUCCCACUCUGCUUUAGACUUCUUGAUUGUCAAUCUCUGUCACAUCCGUUGAUUGUUUUGGUUUCUAUUCCCUUUCUAACUGCCCCGCAGGCUCAGAACCCCAACAACCCCUUCCUUUCACUGCCUUCUUUUUGGGGGGUAGAUGGAAGGGAUUGACAUUGUCGGGGGAGGUAGGAGGCACAUCAAUAAAAAAGAAACCACCGAGCUGAA